GGUAGGUUUGGAGAACUUUUUUCAUCUUACAGUAGACCUAUUUAAGUCUGUUUCAUGUGCUUUGCCUGAGUGUUGAUUCUGUUUUUAAGUAUAUGGUAUGUUGUCGUGAUACAUGGUUUAUUCUCCUAAAAACACACAUACUUUAGCGGUCCGAUGACAUUUGUGUUUAAUUCUGGUUUAGGCUACAGCCUACAGCAGAACCCUUUUGUUUCUUUAUUUUAAAACUGAAGACUUUGCAUUUUACAAGUAUGGCGAUGGGUCGGAGAAAAAUACUAAGGAGGCUAAUCAUACUUGUUUUCGUGUUGUCAUUGUCCGGAUGCUUUAUAGCAAUAAUUCAUUUAACCAGAAUUGAAAGGAAAAUAGAUGAAAAACGCGAAGCCCAUGUUGACAAAGUUGAUCUCGGAGUUGAUCCAAGAAUUCCAAAAGUAGCUACACAUAUAAUUCAACCAAGGAAACCAGUUGGAAACAAAACAAAUAUUAUUGAUAGACAUUUUGAGAAAGAAAACCCUGUGAGGGUAUUGAAUAAGACGUCGGCUUAUACAACGAAUGAUAAAGUUCACGCCUUCUACUAUCCGUGGUACGGAAAUCCAGAAUAUGACGGAGAGUUCCUUCACUGGGAUCACAAAUACCUGCCGCAUUGGGAUAAAAAACAGGCAAAGAAAUGGAAAUCAGGACAGCAUGUUCCUGUUGAUGAUAUCGGCGCUAAUUUUUAUCCAGAGCUUGGUUGUUAUAGUUCUCGUGACCCAAAGGUCAUCAAUGCACAUAUGCAAUAUAUGUAUAAAGCACGUGUAGGUGUGCUAGUCGUAUCAUGGUAUCCACCUGGAAAAGCUGACAACGAGGGCCAUCCUAGUGAUGACCUCAUGCCAAUCCUCUUGGAUGCUGCUCACAGAUACCAAUUAAAGGUUGCUAUUCACAGCGAACCAUAUAAGGACAGAGAUGAAACCACAGUAAAAGCGGACCUUAAAUAUAUCAUGUCCAGAUAUGGUAAUCAUCCCGCGCUGUACAGGUACGGCCCAAAAUCUCUUCCACUCAUCUAUCUUUACGACUCCUACCUCACCCCUGCGCGCAAAUGGAAGAGUCUUCUAAAACCUGGAGGCCAGUUAAGUAUAAGAGGAACAGACCAUGAUGCGGUUCUUAUUGCAUUAUUGGUUGAAGAGAAACACAUGUCUGAAAUUUCCAAUUCAGGUUUUGAUGGGUUGUACACUUACUUUGCUGCGACUGGAUUCACUUACGGCUCAACUUAUAGACACUGGUCUCGUUUGGCAAAAUACGCCACAGAGAAAGGUAUGCUGUUUAUUCCAAGCAUUGGUCCCGGUUACAUUGAUGUGAACAUUCGACCAUGGAACGGUGAAAAUACACGGUCAAGAUCUGAUGGUUCUUACUAUGAAACCGCUUUUAAAAACGCGCUCCAGACCAACCCAGAUAUAAUUUCAAUAACGUCGUUCAAUGAGUGGCACGAAGGCAGCCAGAUUGAACCUGCAAUUCCAAAAAGCAUUCCAAAAUUUACGUACCUUGACUAUGGAAAAAACGGACCUAACUAUUAUCUAGACCUAACAAGAAAGUGGGUAGAGAAAUUUGAAAGUAAUACUUACUAAAAUUUCUAUAUUACCAGCUCAUAACAUUUAUAUUGGAAAUUAGUUGGUUUUUUUAGUACCCCGAUGCUCCAAACUUUAUGCUCUGGUACCCAAGUUUUGAUAUCUCACACUAGCUGCAACCCAUCUAAUAGUUUGAUAGUAAGUUGCGUAGCGACUUUUAUAAGAUGCCCGAAAUUUGAUACUCAAGUUUUAAUAGUGACUUUUCGACAUUGGUGUUUACAGUUUUUGCUUAUUAUUAUCAGUGGUGGAUCCAGGAAUUCAUAGUAGAGGGGGCCCUUUCACAAAUAGCGGGUGUACCACCUCAGCCCCACCACCAUGGUUGGGGCUUAGGUAAGACAUUUUAUGAUUUUGGCACCUCUAGAUGGCCGGAAAGGGCACUCUCAGACCUUAAUUUGAAUACUUUUUUCUCCAGGCAGGGCUCCCACUAUACAAACUGAAAUUUAAAUAGUCCGAAAUAAUUAAGUAACAGGCUAUUAAAAUUCACAGAGAAUUUGAAUCAAAGUAAUGUAACAGGUUACGAUAUUGCUGAUAUACAAAAAAAAUAUAUAUAAUAUAUUCCUGUUUUACUAUGAAGGGGGCCCCUCAGCCACUUUUGUGACAUGUAAUUGAUUACUAAAAUGUGUGAGCCCACAACACUUUCAUUCCGCCGGACCCUGUGUCUCAUCAUUAAGCCAGUGGUGGUAAAUUCAAACUACCUUCCGAAUUGUAGUAGAGUGAAGUAGUUCUAAUAGAUAGAUGGGCAAGAGGCCUUCUAUCUAUUGAAUAUAUGUUCUUGAUUCUUCAUCAAGGAACAACACUACUGUUUUCAAUCGUAUUGAAAAGGAUUGAUCAUGUACAAAUGAUGUUUACCGAAGUCAUGUAUUUUGGAUGUUUGAGUUUUUGAAUUUAUUUAGCAAACAUUGGAGCAUUGUAUCAAGUCUCCCUUUUUUUACAUACACCAAGUUUUCAAUUAUAUAUUAAUUUUUUAAUUAGUACACCGGUUUUUACUUUUUAUAUAAUCUCUUUCCUUAUAACACCUGCUAUUACAUAAGAAAUAUUCUUUAAUAACAAAUCUUCAGAAUAGAUAAAGAUGAUGAUAGUUCAAUAAUAUGUUUGAGAUGAACUUUAAUUUAUGUUCUCAUUGGCAUCAGAAAGCCACUAGACAGUGAUUCAGUUCAUUUUUUG